GUCCCAAAAUGUAGUUUCCUGAUCCAGAUGCUGUUCUCUUCUGAGUAAUGGUCCAGCAGGCAGGAUGCAGGGGAAGGCACGGCAAACACAAAACUCUGCUGGAGCAUUGAGCAGGCUGCAGGGACAGAAAACAUACCUGAAAAGUAUUUGUCUGAGGUAUCUGCUUCUGAACAGCCAUUGCUUUUGGUUUUUAAAGAAUGGGAUGGGACUAAUCAUCUUCUUCCUAUGUGCUUAUGUACCAAAGACAGAAGCCAGUCACUGCAAGUGGGCAGAAGUUCUGGAAGAUUUGGAAAGGAUCAAGACAUCCAAAGAUAUUGAUGUCAGUUUAUACACUGCAAAUGCAGAUGAGGAUGAAGAAUGCCAAGAACUUGUAAUGAGGUGCUUUUUCUUAGAGACACAGGUGAUAAUUCAAGAAUGUCGUAUCAAAAAUUGUAGCAAAACACAGGAUGUGUGGAACAUAUGGAAAAAUGGAAAUGAAAGCUUCGAAAAAAAUAAGUUGACUUCCACAAAAUCAGAAAAAUGCAAAGAAUGUGAAGAAUACGAAGAAAAAAAUUUUACAGAAUUUGUACAAAAUUUUGAAAAGGUUAUACAAAGGGAUUGCAAACACUGACCAAAAGACAUAAGCUGGGAAACAAGAUUCUUACAUGAACACUCUCAGAUAAAUUAGAUAAAUAAAACAGAAAAAAAAUUACAAUCCUCUUGGCUAUCUCUUAAUAUAUCUGUUUCCAUUGUGGUUUUCAGGUAAGACCAAUUGCUUCUUCUACCCAAGAACUCAAAGUCAAAAAUUAGAAUAUUUAUGUGAAGACUCUGCUUUGCCUUUUCCCCCUUUUGUACAAUACUAGCAUAAGGGGAUAAAAAAUUAUCUCCAGUCUUCUCACAGAAGGUAAA